GAGUCCCCUACUGAGACACGUCCCAGGACACGCCGUGUGGACGUGUCGUGGACGUGUCCCUCAGGUCUGCCCCGAGGUGGUCGACAAGCUCAACUGGGAGGACGGCCACGCGUACGGCGACGCGUUCCGUGUGCGGCAGGACGGCCCUAGGCUCACGGUGACGCGCAUCGACGCAAAGGCCGCCGAGGGGGGCGGCGGCUGGGGCAUGCCCCUCCGCUUCCGCUGCUGCGUCCCCCCGCACUCGCCCGCGGCCGUGGCGGCCGCGGCGGCGGCGGAGGAGGAGCGGCGCAUCGCGCUGGGCAGGGCGGAGGCGGCGGUGGCCGACGCUGCAGCCGACGCGCGCGGGCACUACUGGCGGUUGGGCGUGCCGGUUGACUUCUCGGCGCAGGAGCUGAAGCGGGCCUACCGCCAGCUGAGCCUGCGGCUCCACCCCGACCGUGCGGGCGGCUCGACCGAGGCGAUGGCGGCGGUCGCCGCCGCGCACGACUGCCUCGCCGACGCGGCGUGCAGGCGCGCCUUCGACGAGGGCGCGCAGCUCGAGCGGCGGCAGGGGCAGGGGCCGCUCGCGCAGGCCGUCGAGCGGCACUACCGGCCGGAGCGGUUCCCGCACGAGCCGUUCGGCGACCCGUUUGCGCACGCGCGCGGCGGCGAGGAGCGGCGGCAGCGCGCCGACGCGCGGAGGCGGGAGCAGGCGGCGAGCGGAGUGGCCGCAUCACCGCUGCCCGAGGCGGCGGAGGCCGAGGCGGCAAAGGAGGAGCUGUGAGCGAGGUCGUUGGGGUCGAGAAGGCCGCGACGCGCAGGCUGUAGAUGGCCCGACGUGGGCGGUGAGCGGGGGGAGGCUGGGCAUUGCACUUGUCAGCGCUCCGUACAGCGGCGCGGGCUUGCCCCCUAGGGUCGUGUGUGCUGGCUUAUUGAUAUUAUUGCGGUCUCGGAGACCCACCCCGAG